AUGGGUCCUAAUUUGAAAAAGCGCAAAGUUGUUGCCGAGCCCAAAGUUGAAGAGAUUACAUUCGACCUUGAUUCUCGCCAGGAAUACCUGACUGGAUUCCACAAACGCAAAGUGCAGCGCGCCAAGCAUGCGCAAGACAAUGCAGAGAAGAGAUACAAAGAGGAGAGGAAGGUUGAACGGAAAAAGAUUCGCGAGGAACGCAAGAAGAACUUUGAACACGCAAUUGAGGAACACAAAGCCGUUCUGAAGCGUAUGAAGGAAGCUGCUGGGGAUAUCAGUGAAACGGAAGGCGAAAAUGAGGACGAAAGUUGGGAAGGAAUUGAAGAGCCUCCAGCAGUGGACUACGAAGCCGAAUAUGUCGACGAGGACAAAUAUACAACGGUCACAGUCGAAGAAAUGGAUGCAUCUCGUGAGGGUCUGUUGAAGGCUUCCAGAGGAGAGGACUCAGAAACCGAAGAGAAAAAGACAUAUCCAGCCGAGUCGACAGAGGACGACACAAAAGCCAAGAAGAGAAGACCCCGAAGUGCAGCAUCAGAGGCAGCCAGGAAAAAGAAGAGAAACUUCCGCUACGAGACCAAGGUGGAGCGCCGACAAACAAUGCUCAAGCAACGUGCUGUGAAAUCAAAGAAAGCCAAGGCACGGAAGGAGGCUUGA